UUUGGAAUGGGGUGGGGGUGGGAGCGGGGGACCUGCAGGAGCUGGGGCGCUGGGUAUGGUAGGGCCAGCCUCUGGACCCCAAAGAAAGCAGGGGUAGGGGUGGGGCCGUGAGGGAGCCCCAGAAGGGGUGGUAUGGAGGGAGCUGGGGUGAAGGAGGGACAGGAAACAGGAGAGGCAAACCCUUCGAGUCCCCAGGCUGGGAGCCCUGGCCCCGCCCACGCCCCAGAGGCCACACCCUUCUCCCCGCCUCCGGGAGGAAGCGCCCCAGGGUCUUUGGGACCAGAAGGGGUCAAGUUUUUGCCUCCAGGGGCUGCACUGUCCGUACCCAGGUGAGGGCGGGGCAGGGCCCUGGGGAAUUUGCUGGAAAUUUUUAUUCGAGGUUAGAUCCUGAAGACCCAGCGUACACUUUUUUAUUUGAGGUUAGAUCCUGAAAACCCAGCUUGACCUUCAACCCUUUAGAAAGCCGUCAGAGGUCGGGACCAAGAACCCAGGGAGUGGCUCUGCCUAGGGAGUCUUUUUUUGCCUGCAGCCUAAUUUCCUUGGCCCCCUUGUGCUUCUGGCUGUCACUGUCCAUUUCAGUGCCCACAGCCAAUCCCCUGAAGGGCUAGAGAAGGCAGGUGGUCCAGGCAGCUCCUCCUCUACCUUACCAGGGACCUAGAGAGCCCCUUCCUACCACACCUCUACCCAGGCUUCCCCCACACCCACACUCACAGAUAAUGGGUCCUGGUGGGUGGGAACGGGUGGUUGUUUGCCACUGGCCACGAAGGUGGCUGCUGGUAACCUGGGGAGGUAAUCUCUCCAGUCUAACUUCCAAAACCCCUCGCUCAUUCCCAUCGCCAAGGCUCUGCUCCUGCUAUUCUUUUGCCUGGAUCCCUGAAAAUGCUUCUCUACUUGUCCCAAUCACAUUCAUACCUUAAAGCCCGUCUGGAGCCCCACCUCCUUUCCUUGGUUCCACUUCCAUGCACAGAUCUUUCUAUUCUGUGAAUGCCCAUUACCAUCUACCCUGGCCAUGAAAUGGCACUUUGCUGCUGACUAAUGUCUCAUGUGCCCUGAGUUUCAUGUGUGUUAUGUAGAGUUUUCCAAAUGGGCUGCAGCCCCAUGAAAUCUGGGGCUGGUUUUCAGGUCCAUUGUCCCCCCGUGCCUGCACACAGGGACUAGACCUGACCAAUGCCUACUAACACUUGCAACCACCCAGAGCUCAGUGGGCCACUGGACAGAGCUCAUCCUCUGCCUCUUACCUGAAGAUGUGAGUCAUCAAGGGCACCCCACCUCCUGGUGGGUGCUUCUAGCAGGGACAUGUCCCCCUGGGGGACAGGGACAAGGGCAGACGCCUCUAGCUUUGUGUAAAGCUUGGAGCUCUCAACUCUUGGGGAGGCCUUUGGGAGAAAGAAGACAGCACAGGAGGUAGAUGGGCCCAGUGGGCACACUUGACAUUUGUGAGGGGCUGGUCUUGGUGGUGGGCGAGACUGAAGGAGAUGGUCAGGCCAAGGAAGGGAUCUGGUGGUACUGAGGGGAGGGUCACUCAAGUCGGCAGACAACACCUUCCUGGGCCACCCCAGGCCCAGGGCCUUGCCCUGCAGCCCCUCUCUGGAAGGCAUCCUUACCGACACAGAGACAGCAGAUACAUAGUGCAUAUGUGUCCCCCGGGGCACAAGCACCAAUGCAAAGGCCAGAGGAACAAGGAGUCACAUGAAUUUGCACCUACAGGCACAACUCAGUCACGAUCUGCCCACUCACAAGGCCCUCACCAGCAGACUGCUUUUACAGGGGCGACCCCAGGUGUGCCCCCACCCCCGGGGCGGGGGCUGCCUUCAGACCAGAAAGCAGGGGCGCCAGUGUGGGUGUCCCGGGGCCAGGACUCCCAUCUCACAAAGGCCAGGAUCCUCAGGGCUCAGCCCCAGAAGGGCGCUCAGCAAGAGCCACGCCGCCUGCUGGCUCCUGCUUCCCGCCCCGGGUGGGCAGGAGGGCCCCGAUUUCAGCGGGCAGGGUGCCCUCCUUCCCAGCUCGACACGGCCGAUGGGCCCAGGCCGCGCUCCGGGCAGGCCGCGCGCGUGUCCGCCCGGAGCCGGAGUCCCCCCUGCCGUCCCCCCAUCUCUCCUUCCCUUGCCGAAGCACCACCAGCACCAAAUGGCAAAGCGCCUCUCCCCGCGCGCGCGGAGAGAUGCGCCGCGACCGCCGGGACGGGCUCGGCAGCCUCCCCCCUCUCCACGGGGCACGAGCGGGGGGCGGCCGGCGCUGGGGGGGUGUGGGGGUGGGCACGGCCCGGCCCGCGGCCGCCCUCCCUCGCCCGGGGAACCGGGCAGCGGCGGGAGCCGGCCCGGGCAUGCGCACUGCUGCCUCCCUCGCGGUGAAGGGCAGUGGUAUUCGCAGAGUCCGCCUUGCCACUGGCCUCCAGGUGGGUUAGGACCCUCCUUGCCCCUCGCUGCUGCUGCUUCCAGACCCCUGGCUUUGCAUCUUACCUCCAUGGCGCCUUCUUUUCUGGAGCAUCCUAGCUCCUGGCUCACAGCCAUUCCCUCUGUCACCCCUGACCUCUUCCUGCUGCUUUCCCAGGUCCUCAUGGACAGUCCCUCCCACACGUCAGGGCUCUGGGUUCCUGGGCCGCCUCUUCUCCAGCGAUUCUCUGCCCUCCCUCAGUCACUCAUGCCAGCUUCACCUCUUGCAUCCUUGUCAUUCCAGCCCCACCACCAAUCUCAGCCUUACACCCCACUCUCUGACCACCAUCUCCCUGUCCAGCUCCCUGACAUCCAAAGUCUGUGAUGCCACUGGAACUGCUGGUCCGUUUCUCUGACCUGCACCCCUCAUCACAAACACACCCUCUUACACUUACUCUUUCUUAUUUUUAGUUAUGGUAAAACAUACCUCUAUGGUUUUUCCAGUAGUCAUGUACAGAUGUGAGAGUUGGACCAUAAAGGCCGAGCACCCAAGAAUUGAUGCUUUUGAACUGCG